GCAGCAGAACAGCACACAGAGGGACUUCGACUCUCCUUUGUGAGUGACCUCCUCCUACUCCUCCACUCAGCUCUUCUGCAAGCUCUCGAGCACUUUCUCUAUCUCGCCUCUCCACCACCAGACACCAGCCAUGACGUCAAGCAUCAAAACCAUGAAGAAGACCUACUCCAGCCAGUCGGCCUUCGCCGUCCCGGUCGGCUCCAGCCGGUCGAGCAUAGUAACGAGCACACGUCGCUCUGGUGUUGGCUCUGGGUUCGGCGGUGGCGCCAGCUACAGCUUCAGCAGCAGCAGCAUUGGUGGAGGUGCUGGAGGACUGGGUGGAGGCUAUGGAAUUGGGUAUGGCGGCGGUGCUGGUUUCGGCGGUGGCCUUGGUGCCGGCUUCGGUGGCGGCCUUGGUGGCGGCUUCGGCGGUGGCUCUGCUGCAGGUGGCUUCAUCGCACCACCCAUCACCGCUGUGACAGUGAACCAGAGCCUGCUGCAGCCACUCAACCUGGAGAUUGACCCCAGCAUCCAGGCCGUCCGCACUCAGGAGAAAGAGCAGAUCAAGACCCUCAACAACCGCUUCGCUUCUUUCAUUGACAAGGUACGCUUCCUGGAGCAGCAGAACAAAAUGUUGGAGACCAAGUGGAGCCUCCUGCAGGAACAGACCACCACCCGCUCCAACAUUGACGCCAUGUUUGAGGCCUACAUCGCCAACCUGCGCAGACAACUGGAUGGCCUGGGCAACGAGAAGAUCAAGCUGGAGGGAGAGCUGAAGAACAUGCAGAAUCUUGUUGAGGACUUCAAGAGGAAGUAUGAGGAUGAGAUCAACAAGCGUGCUGCUGCUGAAAACGAGUUUGUCCUCCUGAAGAAGGAUGUUGACGCAGCCUACAUGAACAAGAUUGAACUCGAGGCCAAGGUCGAUGCUCUCCAGGAUGAAAUCAACUUCCUCAGGGCAGUCUACGAGGCUGAGCUGCGUGAGCUGCAGUCUCAGAUCAAGGACACUUCAGUCGUUGUGGAGAUGGACAACAGCAGGAACCUGGACAUGGACGCCAUUGUGAAUGAAGUCCGCGCUCAGUACGAGGAUAUCGCCAACCGCAGCCGUGCUGAGGCCGAGAGCUGGUACAAACAGAAGUUUGAGGAGUUGCAGACCUCUGCUGGUAGCUACGGUGAGGACCUGCGCUCUACAAAGGCUGAGAUCGCUGAUCUGAAUAGAAUGAUCGCCCGCCUGCAGAACGAGAUCGAGGCCGUCAAGGGACAGCGUGCCAACCUGGAGGCCCAGAUUGCUGAGGCAGAGGAGCGUGGUGAGUUGGCCGUGAAGGAUGCCAAGCUCCGCAUCAAGGAACUGGAGGAGGCUCUCCAGAGAGCUAAGCAGGACAUGGCCAGGCAGGUGCGUGAAUACCAGGAGCUCAUGAACGUCAAGCUGGCUCUGGACAUCGAGAUCGCCACCUACAGGAAACUUCUGGAGGGAGAGGAGACCAGACUCUCUUCUGGUGGAGCCACUGCCACCAUCCACGUGCAGCAGACCUCUGGAGGCGGCGGAUUCUCCUCUGGCUCUGGAUUCGGCUACGGAGGCGGAGUAUCAAGCGGAUUCGGAGGAGGAUACGGCAUUGGAGGUGGCAUUGGAGGUGGCAUUGGAGGUGGCAUUGGAGGUAGCAUUAGCGGUGGCACAACCAUCAGCAAAACCUCCGUGAAAAGCAUUAGUAGCCAGAGGCGCUACUAAGCAGAAGCUUCCCAACUUCAUUUCCCUGCACCGUCAUCAACAACACAUCAAUGGUGCUAAAAUGCUAGCAACAAGCCCAACCCGAACCAUCCACCUGUUUUCUGAAUGCUGUUUUUUUCCACUAGAUAAAAAGAUUAGGAAGAUAUUUUAAGGGAUAGAGGUUAACUGAUGACGCCAAGAAACCAAGAAGAAUGUAAAGGGAAAUGCCUGAUUCUCUUUAACCCUGCUGAAAGUUCUUUAUUUUCUGCACUGAUAUGUUCUGUUGAAAAGGAAGACUAGAUAGGUAUAAGGAUUAAAAAGACCGACGCUGUUUGUUAAAACUGAAGCCACUGAAGCCAAUCUUAGAACAGGAAUGCGAGUGUUAAUGCGACAGUGGGUGAGAGAUUUUCCCAUCGUGAUGGAAGUUUUCGGCCACCACAAACCUGCUUCCGGUGAUAAACAGAAUCGCUGUAUUUGUUAAUGAUGGAUAUGUAAGUUUACACUGUGAGCAGAUCUGUUUUGGCGUAAACUGCAUCACCUGUGGGUUCCUGACGAUGAUUCCUCUCCACACCAUCUGCCUUUUCACUUGCUAAUUCGGCAGCUGUUUGCUAACUUACAUUAUAAACCAACUAAACAAGCUUUUGUCCUCCUCAUAGGCUCAACUUUGCUUCUAGGGUACAAUUGAGGAUUGCAAUCCCUCGCUCUCAGGCUGUCCCAGAUCUGUUUUCAUUUUUUCUCAGACAAAAAAAAGUAAACAAAAGCAGACGAUAGGACCAGGUUUAUUGUUUGUGAAUUGACUUUGUGACACCAUUAAAACCUGAAUGCAAUAAAUCUGAGAACUAUAA